GUGCGCGCGCGCCGGGGGACGACGGACAGCGGGCGGCGACCGGCGUGCGGGGUUUCCGCUGCUGGAGAUUUUGAGGCUGCUGUUAUGCAGCCUUUACAGCAUGUCCUGCGAGCACAGGGGCCUCUGAGGCUGGGGACGGUGGCCUGUGUGUCCUGGCUGCCACUCAAAAACUGCAGAGGGCACAGCAGGCAGCCCAGCACUGCCUGUCCCAGCCCAGAGAGGCCUCAGAAGGAUGGUGUCCUGAAGGAUUUCAGCACCAGGCUCCUGACAGGACCGACUUUUCAGCAUUUUUUAAGCAGUGCAUCCGCUCCUCAAGAGAAGCUGCCUUCCCUGGAAGCCGAGGACCCACCCCCCUAUCUCACAGAGGAUGGACUUCUGGGAAGGCAGAGAAAAGUCUACCUCGAGACGUACGGCUGUCAGAUGAACGUGAACGACACUGAGAUAGCUUGGUCCAUCCUUCAGAAGAGCGGUUACCAGCGAACCAGUCACCUCCAAGAGGCCGAUGUGAUCCUUCUUGUCACAUGUUCUAUCAGGGAGAAGGCUGAGCAGACCAUCUGGAAUCGUUUACAUCAGCUUAAAGCCCUGAAGACAAAACGACCCCGCUCUCGAGUGCCGCUGAGGAUCGGGAUUCUAGGCUGCAUGGCUGAGAGGCUGAAGGAGGAGAUCCUCCACAGGGAGAACUCGGUGGAUCUGCUGGCUGGUCCUGAUGCCUACCGAGACCUCCCCCGGCUGCUGGCUGUGGCGGAGUCAGGCCAGCAGGCUGCCAAUGUGCUGCUCUCCCUGGAUGAGACCUACGCCGAUGUCAUGCCAGUCCAGACGAGCGCCAGUGCCACCUCUGCCUUCGUGUCAAUAAUGCGAGGCUGUGACAACAUGUGCAGCUACUGCAUCGUUCCUUUCACGCGCGGCCGGGAGAGGAGCCGGCCUGUGGCCUCCAUUCUAGAGGAAGUGAGGAAGCUCUCGGAGCAGGGGUUGAAGGAAGUGACACUCCUUGGUCAGAACGUUAAUAGUUUUCGGGACAAUUCCGAGGUCCAGUUCAACAGUGCCACGUCUACCAACCUCAGCCGUGGCUUCACCACCAACUAUAAAACCAAGCAAGGAGGCCUACGUUUUGCUCACCUUUUGGAUCAUGUCUCCAGAGUAGACCCAGAAAUGAGGAUCCGUUUCACCUCUCCCCACCCCAAAGACUUUCCUGAUGAGGUUCUGCAGCUGAUCCAUGAGAGAGACAACAUCUGUAAACAGAUCCAUCUGCCAGCCCAGAGUGGAAGCAGCCGGGUGUUGGAGGCCAUGCGGAGGGGAUAUUCAAGAGAAGCUUAUAUGGAGUUGAUUCACCACAUCAGAGAGUCUAUUCCAGAUUUACUUUUACGCAUGAAGAUUCAGAGGUCUUGGGUUCAGUUUGACUGUUUCCCAGUGAUUUCCCAUAAGACGCGGGCGUAUCAUAGGCUGCAGGACGAUGUCCCAGAGAAGGUCAAGUUAAGGCGUUUGGAGGAGCUCAUCACCGUGUUUCGAGAAGAAGCAACGAAAGCCAAUGAGACUGCCGUGGGCUCUGCCCAGCUGGUGCUGGUGGAGGGGCUCAGUAAACGCUCUGCCACUGACCUGAGUGGCCGCAAUGAUGGCAACCUUAAGGUGAUCUUCCCCGACACAGAGCUGGAGGACGCAGCUGACCCUGCUGUCAAGAUCAGAGCUCAGCCUGGGGACUACGUCCUGGUGAAGAUUACCUCUGCCGGCUCUCAGACCCUAAAAGGGCGUGCUCUCUGCCGAACCACGCUGAAGGACUUCUCGGCGUACUGCAGGCCCGAGUGGAUGGCCCUUCAGAGUUGACCCGGGCAGUUCUUCCCAGCAGGAAGAGGAUGGCCGGUGGUGAAGCUUUGGAGAGAAGUUACAAAUGGACAUCAAUAUGUCCAUGGAAAACACAUCUCCUUGCUGCUCUGUGAACCACCAUUAAAGCAUGAGAUUUACUUAAUCUAAA